AUGGCAUUGGAAAAAAGAGCUUCACUCGAAUUCAAGGUCACGUGGUAUGAGUUUCCAGAAAGUCGGGGAAUUCGAGAUUUUUGGCUGGUCGGUUGCCGGAAACGAGACCUGUGUUGCUACCACUCGUUUUUGCCGAUCAUAUAUUUAUUAGAUCAUAUUGGGGCUAUUGCCCAGCAUAUGAAAAAGAGAGCCUUAAAUAAUCUAGGAACAGCGACGUAUUUCAUGCCAAAGCAUCUGGUCCCACAUGUGAAGACUAUUUGCGAUGCUUUCACUGUUAUGUCUGAAAAAGUCGACUCAGACUUUGUUGGUACUUUUGUUCCCGUUGAACCAGGAAAUAAAUAUGAGUUAUCGAAUAAUUGGCAUGUUGUUGUUCUUUCAACUGAUCACUCGAUUACUAGUGUGGGUUAUUUACUUUAUUCUCGAGAUUCUACUGGCAAAGAAGUUCCGGAAAUAGCUUAUUUAGGUGAUUCUAGAUUUACUGUUAUUCGUGAAGCGAAUUCACUCUGCCCAGAUCUUUUAUCAUCUCGCUUAUUGAUAAUGGAAGCAACAUUUCUAGAUAAUCCAGAUCGUAAGAUUGAAAGCGCUAGAAGUCAUGGUCAUACGCAUUUGGAUGAAAUUCGUCAGAAUGCUUCUUUGCUAAAGUCUGUUGAUUAUAUCUAUCUGAUACACUUCUCAGAUCGUUAUGGUCAUAAUGAUAUCAUCCGUCUUUGUCACAAAGAUAUGCCUGAUUGGUUAGUCAAUCGUAUUAUACCAUCUGUAACUGCUAAACAUUGUCUUGAAAGUAGAUGA